ACGUGACCAUGUGGGUGUGUUUACACUCUCUGAUGUAAACACACAAGACGUUUCCCGAAACCGAGUCGUAUUUAAUCGCUUGAUUUGACGCUUUGUUCCACGUCUCUGCUCCUCUAUGCAGCGGCUCGGACGCCGGUAUUAAGCCGCCAUGGACACGUACAUCAACCUGAAGGUGAAUUUUCGGGGCAACACGAAGAGUUUCUUGCUGUCGGGGUCCGAGACCAAGAGCUGGGAGUCUAUGGAGGCCACGGUAAAGAGGUCGUUCGGCUUGUGCAGUCUACAGCUGACGUACUUCGAUGAGGAGAACGAGGAGGUGUCUGUCAACAGCCAGCUGGAGUAUGAGGAGGCUCUGAAGAGAGCAGCACGGCAGGGCAACAGGCUGCAGAUGAACGUGUACGAGAGCAGAGGGACGACCGGACGAGUUCCUGGUCCCGUCCCAGGCCCGGGUUUGUCCCAGGUGAAAUCCGGAAGCCUGACAGAGCCGAAGAAAGGAUUCCGACCUCCGCAGCACUGCCCGAGUCUGGCACAGGCGGUGACACUUAAUGAGCUGAAGAACAGUAAAGCGGAGGAUAAGACGCCUCCAGCCUGGUUCACCUCCUACAUGGAGAAGAAAACGUUUAAGGACCAGGUGGUUCGUGAAGCUGUGGAGAAGAUCUGCAGGGAGUUUUCAGGCCAGUGCUGCAUCCAUAAACCCCUGGGAGCCGAGGCUCAGGUCUCUGAGGUUUCCUCGUCCACGCUGCCUGGUGCUCCGAGCUCGGCUCCGGCCUGCAGCAGCUGCAGAGGACAGACGGCCGGUGGUGGAUACCAGUGCAGCGUCUGCACGUCCUGCACCUUGUGUGAGCCGUGUAGCUUCUCACACGACCCGAGCCACAACCUGGUGAGAGCUCGAACACCUCUCUCCAUCCCAGAGCGCGGAUCUCCAGCUCCGGAUCAGAGCAGGUUCUACAGACGAGGAGACCGAAGCUUUCGCAAGGCCGAGAAACAGCGCUUGAAGGCGGAGAAGCGACAGCUGAAGGCAGAGGUGAAGGAGAUCAGGAAGCAGCUGAGGAUGGAGAGGAGGAGUCUGCAGUGGGGCUGUGCGGGAGACGGAAACUCCUCCCCUGUGCUUCUGCAACCGAGAGCCACGCAGGCCAACAGCCCCGAGCGUCCGAAGCGUCCGUGUCCUCUAGCUGUCCCUGCCAUGACGGCGCUGCUGCUGGAUGAAAAUCUGCCGGACGGAUCGCGCCUGAGGCCUGGGACCAAAUUCAUUAAAUACUGGAAGAUGAAGAACAGCGGCACAAUGUGCUGGAACACAGACACCAAACUGAAGUUCAUGUGGGGGAAUCUGGCCGUGGGUUCGGGGGAGAGGUGGAGGGAGGUGUCUGUGCCCACACUGCAGCCCGGUCAGGUGGGAUUAGUCAGCGUGGCCCUGUGUGCUCCCACCCUGGAGGGCACCUACACCUCACACUGGCGCCUGGCGCACGGAGGAGAGCAGUUCGGCCCGCGGGUCUGGUGCAGCAUCGUCGUGGACCCAGAAGCUCCGACUGCCAUCUCAGCUGACGGCCUGCUGGUGUCUCCGUGCGUCACUCCUCAGGAGAAAUCGGCUCGGACCCUCGAGAGGGAGGAGAAAAACCGCACGGCGUCUCGGGAGCCGCUGCUCAUCACCGUGGACCAGGACUGUGAUCAGGAGUUUUACAUUCCGUCUGUGGAUCUGCUGACCGCUCAGGACUUGCUGUCGUUUGAGCUUCUGGACAUUAACAUAGUGCAGGAGCUGGAGAGCGUUCCCAACAACACUCCCGCAGAUAUCACCCCAUGUAUUUCUCCUCUGCCCCAUGAUGCACUGCUGCAGGAUAAAACUCCCCCGGGACUCCAACAGGAAGAGGCUGGGGGGGAAACACAAGCAGUCACGAGCAUUCUGGCCGUUGCUCAGACUCCCGAGUUAGAAGGAGUUCCCGCCCAGGAGAAAGGAGAGGAGGAUGUGAUUGGCCGUCAGUUUGUGAGCGAGUCUGUGAUUCGUUCCCUCACUCUGGGGGGCGUGUUGGAUCGCAGCAUCCUGCAUGGGAGAGUCACAAGCACAGUGUUGCGUCCAGCACCGCAGGGCUCCGUGUCUCUCUGCGAGAGGAAGAUGAACAGAAUGUCCGAAAGUGCCGACCUUCCUCUCUCACCCAAAUCCGAGCCCCAGGAUCUUCUGGAACCUUCUCCUCUCGUCUCCAUUCCUACUGAACACGUCGCUGCAGAUGAAGGGAACGAGUCCGACAUCGAGCGCAUCGUUAUGGAUCCGGCUGCUGGAGCCGAGCACUUUGAGGAGGAAGAGGAGUCUGAGGAGAAGAGGAAGAAGACUAAGCUGGAGAAGGAGAAAAAGAAGGCGAGAGAUGCAGAAGAAGGUAAAGAGGGUCGCAGCAGGACGUCGUCCGCCUCCUCCGAGGAUUACAUCAUCAUCCUGCCGGACUGUUUCGACACCACGCGUCCCCUGGGGGAGUCCAUGUACAGCUCGGCCGUGUCUCAGCAGGGAGACGAGAGCCUGGAGCGCGUUAGCGCAGACGCUAACGACAUGCUGUGUGUGUCUCAGACUCUGGACUCGGUGCCGCUCACCCCUGUGAUCGUAGCAGCGCCGAGACCUUCAGCCAGGUCCAGAUCGGAGACGGAGGAGAAGCUCGAAGCAGCAGAGACGCCACAGGAGGAGGAGCUAAAUCAGCCUGGGGGCAAAGAGGGGGCAGAGCCAGAAGAUCAUGACUCUGUGUCCAGUCCCUCGGACACGCCGAGCUCCUGUACGGCCGCUGACUCGGAGAUCCAGGAGCUCAAAGCUAACAGUAUAACAGGAGGUCUGGUGAAGGGCGCGUUGUCCGUCGCAGCCUCGGCGUAUAAAGCUCUGUUCACCGGACAGUCCGGACCCGAGCAGCUUCCUGAAGAAGCAGCCACUCAAGAUGCCAUGAUGGCCGUCCUGGUGGAGAUGGGCUUCGCCGAUCGGGCGCUGAAUCAGCGGCUGCUGCAAAAACACGGCCCGAACCUCCUGGACGUCGUAAACGAACUCGUGCACAUGCAGGACAACGACUGGUACACCAACCGCUACUGACGCAUCACACUCGCACAGACUACUUCCUCGUCUCUCCUUCUGUGUGUGUGUGUGUGUGUGUGUGUGUGAGUGUGUGUGAGAGAGUAACUGUGGUCCAGUCCUAAGGGUUCCUGUGGACCAUUCCUAGGGAAACGAGGAUCAAAUCCCGAUUAGAGAACUAACGAGACAAGUCUUUGAGUGAUUCUAUGAGCCGCGUUUAAUUUCGUGUCGUUAUGAGCUUUCGUUUGUUAGAACGUCGAGGCAGAAGUUUUUGGACACCAUGCUAGAGAGAAAAAUUCCCCCCAAAAAUAAUAAUAAUAUUAAACAAAAAUAUUUCCGUAUAAACCUGAAACAAAUUUCAAAAGGGUCUGGGGUUUAAUCAAAAAUAAUCUGUUUAAUAAUGAUUUUAUCUGAAUAAUAAUAAUAAUAAUAAUAAUAAUAAUAAUGGUAAUUUUAAGACUUAAAAAUACAGGGAAAUGCGGAAGGAACGAAGUGAAAUGUCUAGAGUAAAAAUCAUUUAAAACAAACGGAAUAUCAGGAAAAAUAUGGGAUUAAAUACAUAUUCCGAAUUUCCCAGAGAUGAAACUCGGUGUCCUCAGACUUCUGCCAGUUCGUGACUGUAGUUAUUUGAUCCAAAGGAAACGUUAAUGCAGAAUCCUGCACUUUGAUCCGGACGAUGCAUGAAAGUGAAACGUUUCCCAGAGAAACUGCUGAACGUGUUACUACUGACUUUUAGGCUCUUUAUAAAUAGCUGUAGUGUUUGUGCUUCUAGCUUUUUGCUUGUGAAAUGUGGACAGCCAGACCGACAGACAGCCAGACCGACAGACAGCCAGACCGACAGACAGCCAGACCGACCGACAGCCAGACCGACCGACAGCCAGACCGACCGACAGCCAGACCGACAGACAGCCAGACCGACCG